AUGGCGGCUGAAGGUGAGAGCAUGGGUGAGAAGGGGAGGUGUGUGAGGUGCAGGGAAUGGCAGGAGCACUACUACUGGGAGCACAUGGAUGUCAGCAACAUCAAGUUCUUCAAGAUCAUGACAGCAGACUAUCAGCAGCGCAUUAGCAUCCCGGAGAACAUCGCCAACAAGUUCACCGAGCAGAUCGCAAAGGGAGCCUUCACCCUCAAGGCACCCAGCGGCGAUACAUGGUGCGUCGAUGUGGGGAAGAUCGCCGGCGAGUUGUUUUUCAUGUCAGGAUGGGAGGAAUUUGCCAAGGCCCAGGGACUGCAGGAGAAUGACCUCCUGUUCUUCAAAUGCAGUGACAGUGGUUCCUUUGAUGUGCUCAUCUUCGACUCGAGCGGCUCCGAGAAAGUGCCAUGUUUCUUCACCGACAAAGAGCGUGCCAAAAUGCUCAAACAGUUUGACGACAUUGUGGCUCAGGAAGCUGAAGUACACGGUCUUUUGAGCGAUGCUGGCAAUGCUAUCAUGCGGCUGUCCCAGCCGGUUGGGUCUCCACACACGACCUCUACUUCAGAGAAACCAGGUGAAGAGAAUGAAUCUCCAAACAACAGGGACCCUCAAGUUAAGUGUGGGGUGACCGAGGAAGAAGAGCAAAGUGAUGAUGAGCAAAAUGACAGCUCUGACUACUACUACUACUCAAGGUUUGCAAGUUACCUAACUGUGGACGAACGGGAGCAGAUAUUCGGCUUGGCAUCGAUUCAACAAGGAAACCCGGUUUAUGUGGUUGUCCUGCAGAAAUCUCAUGUUCGUCGUUCGAACAACAUCCUGGUCAUCCCCAGCAAGUUUGCAACUGAUCAUCUCGCGAGGAAGUCACAUGACAUACUGCUUCUGAAGCCAAACAGAAAAGAGCAGUGGUAUGUCAAGUACUACUACCACGCAAAAGUCACCCGAGGCAUCAACGGCGUGCGCUGGGCCAAGUUUGUCCGUGACAACAGGCUGCGGGAGGGCGACAUCUGCAUCUUCGAGCUGAUGAAAGGCAUAAGGAAGGUGACGAUGACAGUUCAUGUCACUCGGAAGGUCGAUGAUGGCCGGUUUGUUCUGCUGGCCUAG